CUUGCUGGUAUGUACCUACCCCUCGGUGAAUUUCGUGAUAGGAUUACUACCUUUAAGGUAUCGUGUUGGCGGGGCAUUCGACACAUGCUAAGGAAGUAGGGAUACAUAUUGGCGACAUAGAGCGUAGCUUCUGGACACUUCCUUCCCCCAUUGUUCAUGCAGCCAUUCACCCUUUAGUACAUCCGUUAGUACGUCGAUUAGCAGCAUUAGCACGUUAGAACACGUUUAGAGCACACCUCGCACUUUCUGUUUCCGAUCAUUAGCAUAGGCACUAUCUCCAUAAGAUCAUAAGACAUACCUGGUUAAGAGGUACCUAAGGCAGGUACAAUCCCUUACUACCAUACAUUAAUACAAUACAUACCUAGGUAUAAGUGGGAAGUUCUACCUCCCCUUUUCAAAUAAAUAAACCACGAUGCGCCCGCAGAUUGUCACCUCAGCUAUCUUCUCCUUCUCCAGAUUCAGCACCACCUCGGCCACCACCUCUAAAACAUCUAGUCUAGCCCUUAAGACCCUCGCAGCAACUUGUCCGCAGAGAGCUUUAUUUACCUCCCAGUGCCCACGUCCUCAGUUGUCACAACAGGCUAACAAGACCGCCGCCACCACCUACACGCCUUCAACUCGCUUCAGCACCACCACUAAAAUGGCUACUCAAGUCAAGGCCGAGUCCUUCCUGGACCACCUCAAGAACCGCCGCACCUACUAUGCCCUCUCCAAGGAGCUGCCCAUCUCCAAGGAGCGCAUCCAGGAGAUCGUUAAGCAGAGCAUCUACGAGGUCCCUUCCUCUUUCAACUCCCAGUCUAACCGUGUCGUCGUCCUCUUCGGCGCCGAGCACGACAAGCUAUGGGAUCUCACCAGCGAGAUCCUCAAGACCAUCGUCCCUGCUGACGCCUGGGAGAGCACCGCUCAGCGCAUGAGCGGAUUCAAGGCUGGUGCCGGAACCGUCCUGUUCUUCGAGGACCAGGAGGUCGUCCACAAGAUGCAGGCCCAGUUCUCGCUGUACAGCGACAAGUUCCCCAUCUGGGCGCAGCAGUCCGACGCCAUGGCCCAGUACGCGAUCUGGACCGCCUUCACCGCCGAGGGUCUCGGCGCCAACCUCCAGCACUACAACCCUCUGAUCGACGCGAAGGUCGCCAGCGAGUGGGGCAUCCCCGACCACUGGCAGCUCAACGCCCAGCUCGUCUUUGGCGGCCGCGCCGGCGAGCCCGGCCCCAAGGACCAGGUCCCCAUCGAGGAGCGUCUCAAGGUCUUCGGUGCUUAAACGCGAUACUCCCCCAACCAACCAACUGUCCAACCCAUACGCAUAUCGUAUAUAUAUGAUAUGUAUCCCCUAUAUAUAUCCCCAAAUCCAAAACCUAUAACGGUGUUUGUGUACGUCGAGAGUUCGUUACGAAAUAUUUUUACUUCGGAAAGAAAAGAAAGAACUCAUAGACACUGGCUAUUGUGGAUAGAGAGAGAGAGAAAGAGAGCCGGCGGUUUUGUUUCGAGUCCUUCGCCCGCUCACACCGAGUUCCCUUUAGGUAGACUACCUCUUUACAAAGCGUUCAGCACCGAUUAGAAUAAACACCUAAAUUAGUAAAAUCAACCAAAACGAAGACUUUUCGUAAUUGUUCAGAGUUUUUCGAAGUGAUUUUAAAAGGAUAUAUGAUAAAAAGAUGCCUAACUAACCUAAUAUGAAAUAAAGAGCGAAUACCCACCUUCUAGAGUAUAUAGAGUGGAAAGUUGAGCAGCACAUACCUAGUAUCUCCCAUAGAGAACACCUCUUUAUAUAUAAAAAUC